CUCGAGUUGGAAGAGGCGAGUCCGGUCUCAAAAUGGAGGUAAAACCGCCGCCCGGUCGCCCCCAGCCCGACUCCGGCCGUCGCCGCCGCCGCCGGGGGGAGGAGGGCCAUGAUCCAAAGGAACCAGAGCAGUUGAGAAAACUGUUUAUUGGUGGUUUGAGCUUUGAAACUACAGAUGAUAGUUUAAGAGAACAUUUUGAAAAAUGGGGUACACUUACAGAUUGUGUGGUGAUGAGAGACCCCCAAACAAAACGUUCCAGGGGUUUUGGUUUUGUGACUUACUCUUGUGUUGAAGAGGUGGAUGCAGCAAUGUGUGCCCGACCACACAAGGUUGAUGGGCGUGUAGUGGAACCAAAGAGAGCUGUUUCUAGAGAGGAUUCUGUAAAGCCUGGUGCCCAUCUAACAGUGAAGAAAAUUUUUGUUGGUGGUAUUAAAGAAGACACAGAAGAAUAUAAUUUGAGAGACUACUUUGAAAAGUAUGGCAAGAUUGAAACCAUAGAAGUUAUGGAAGACAGGCAGAGUGGAAAAAAGAGAGGAUUUGCUUUUGUAACUUUCGAUGAUCAUGAUACAGUUGAUAAAAUUGUUGUUCAGAAAUACCACACUAUUAAUGGGCAUAAUUGUGAAGUGAAAAAAGCCCUUUCUAAGCAAGAAAUGCAGUCUGCUGGAUCACAAAGAGGUCGUGGAGGUGGAUCUGGCAACUUCAUGGGUCGUGGAGGAAACUUUGGAGGUGGUGGUAACUUUGGCCGUGGUGGAAACUUUGGUGGAAGAGGAGGCUAUGGUGGCAGAGGUGGUGGCAGCAGAGGUAGUUAUGGAGGAGGUGAUGGUGGAUAUAAUGGAUUUGGAGGUGAUGGUGGCAACUAUGGUGGUGGUCCUGGAUAUAGUAGUAGAGGAGGCUAUGGUGGUGGUGGACCAGGAUAUGGAAACCAAGGAGGCGGAUAUGGAGGUGGUGGUGGAGGAUACGAUGGUUACAAUGAAGGAGGAAAUUUUGGAGGUAACUAUGGUGGUGGUGGGAACUAUAAUGAUUUUGGAAAUUAUAGUGGACAACAGCAGUCAAAUUAUGGACCCAUGAAGGGGGGCAGUUUUGGUGGAAGAAGCUCGGGCAGUCCCUAUGGUGGUGGUUAUGGAUCUGGUGGUGGAAGUGGUGGAUAUGGUAGCAGAAGGUUCUAAAAAAAAUUCAGAAGAAAAGGGCUACAGUUCUUAGCAGGAGAGAGAGCGAGGAGUUGUCAGGAAAGCUGCAGGUUACUUUGAGACAGUCGUCCCAAAUGCAUUAGAGGAACUGUAAAAAUCUGCCACAGAAGGAACGAUGAUCCAUAGUCAGAAAAGUUACUGCAGCUUAAACAGGAAACCCUUCUUGUUCAGGACUGUCAUAGCCACAGUUUGCAAAAAGUGCAGCUAUUGAUUAAUGCAAUGUAGUGUCAAUUAGAUGUACAUUCCUGAGGUCUUUUAUCUGUUGUAGCUUUGUCUUUUUCUUUUUCUUUUCAUUACAUCAGGUAUAUUGCCCUGUAAAUUGUGGUAGUGGUACCAGGAAUAAAAAAUUAAGGAAUUUUUAACUUUUCAAAAAAAAAAAAAAAAAA